CGCUCGCCCACUUGGCUCGCGCAGUCGUCCGCUUCCGUACGGCAAUCACCUGCGCGCCCAGUCACGACCGCUGGCUCUCUCCUCUCUGCGCCCCGACACCUCUACGGUGCGCUAUGCUUGCGCGCGCGCCUGGUGGCAGACCUCGCGGUUGAAGAACUCCAUCCGACACCUGCUCGCGACAAACAGUGUGCGCCACAUAGUGCUCGGAGUUGUUUCACGUGUAUUCAGUGUCGCUGGACGCUUACCGGUCAGCCUCAUACGAUACGAGGACCAGCCGACGUCGACUCUGGGCCGAGAUCUCGCGACUGUCAACAAAUGGAGCCUAGACGGUCAGCGAGAUCACAGCAGCAGCAGCAGCAGCAGCAGCAGCAGCAGCAACAGCAGCAGCAGCAGCAGCAGCAGCGGCGGCAGCGGCAGCAGCAGCAGCAGCAGGAGCAGUGCGCGGAGCUGCCGAGUAUCGCGGGCUUGGAUCAAUAACAGAGGAGAGUGAGGUGGCGCGGGCGCGAGCAACGACACAACUAUCACUUGGAGGGAGGAAGCGGCGGUGCCGGCUGGUGGUGGUGGUGGUUCGGGCCGAUGGCUGCGACCGACGGCCAGAUUGUCGUGGCGGCGGCCCGCUGGGCUGACGAGGCCACCUACCUGCGCGACUUCGUGGGCAAGUACCGGCUGCCCGCCGUCAUCAAGAUCACCAAGGGCCAGUACGGCGGCCUCGGGGUGCCCACGCUGCCGGCGCCGAGCCUGCAGAGCACCGCGCUGCUCGUGUCCGCGGGCAGGCGGCGCAAGAUCGUCGCCCAGGCCGUGAAGAUCAAGGAGGGCCGCCAGGUGGUGGGAGUGGGCCCCCGCCUGGCCAUCCCCGACUCGUACGUGGGCUACUUCGAGAUCCUGAGCGAGGAGGGCCGAGCAGUGCGGGGCAUCGAGUCGGUGAGCGAGCUGGCGCGGCGCUGCCCCGAGGAGGGCGCGCUGGUGCGCGAGGCCGUGCGGGCGAUCGCGUGCAAGCUGGACGAGGCGGGCCUGGUGGUGCCCGAGGGCAGCCGCACGCUGGGCGCGGGCGAGACCAUCGCCGUGGCGGGCGAGCUGAGCCUGGCCGGGCGCGGCCGGUUCCUGCGCUGCGUCGACUGCCGCGGCGAGAGCGUGCUGCUGGCCAUGGAGCAGCGCGCGCGCUUCAGCGCGCUGGCCCGCGAGGAGAACAUCAGCGGCGUGCACACGGCCCGGGCGCUGCUGAGCAAGCGGCUGCCGCUGACGGUGCGGCUGGUGCACGGCCAGCCGCCGCGGGGCCUCAAGUCCUCCUCGCAGUUCCUGCCGGAGCUGCGGCUGCUGUCGAGCUUCGAGGAGGAGCACGUGUUCGCGCUGCCGCUGCAGCGGGAGGGCGCGGCGGUGGCGCUGCCGCUGGCCGCGCCGCUCAAGCUCGUCAAGGCGAGGAACGACGAGGCGCUGCGGGCGCUGCCCGAGUUCGGCAGGCUCGUGGAGCGGGCCGCGCGGCUGGUGGCCGACGUGGCGGACAGGGCGCACGUGCUGGACGGCCGGCUGGGCGAGAGCAAGCCGUCGCGCGGCGCGCGCGGCGGCGGCGGUGGCGGCGGCGGCGGCGGCGGCGGCUUCCUGCGGCGCUCGGCGAGCUCCGACAGCGCGAACGUGGCCCACCACCGGCACCACCACCACCACCACCACCACCACCACCACCACUACCAGCAGCAGCAGCAGCAGCAGCAGCAGCAGCAGCACGGCGGCCCGCCGGCGCACGGCUACCGGGACGAGAACCGCGUGCCGCCGGCGAGCUACAGCGAGGAGUACAACGAGAUCGACCAGAUCUACGACUACGUCAGGGGCUUCGCGCCGCUGCCGAAGAGCGCCAGGUCGCCCUACGAGAGCGCGCCGCUGUCCGCCCAGCAGGGCGCCAACCUGGCGAACGCGACGCUGGCGCCGCUGACGGUGACGAUCGGGCCGCUGCUCGACGACAGACCCGAGCCGCCGCCCAUCGAGACGAUACCGACCAAGAAGGCCCAGGCGGAGAAGCGCACGCGCCGGGCGGUCAAGGAGCAGCCGCUGGGCAGCCAGCAGGCGACGGCCACGCGCCUGGACAAGCCGCCGCUGGCCAAGCUCUACGUGAAGAACAGCGGCACGCAGCGCGGUCGGCCGCUCAUGAGGCAGAAGAGCGCCUCGCCUCUCAAGGAGACGCCGCCGGGCUUCAAGGGCGGCUCGCCGCUCUUCAACAUCCGCUACAAGAGCCUCACCAACCUGCAGCAGGCCAUGGAGCUGGACGGCACGCUCGACUCCAGCCACUCGGGCGGCCGGACGUCCGGCGACUCGGGCGCCGGCGCCAAGCUCCCGGAAAAGAGAUCGCGGCGACUGAGCAGACCGCGCUCCCUGACGAACCUCGUCUGGGAGCUGCGCAACGGAAGCGCCCGACCGGAGACGCCACCAACGGCGCAGGUCGCGCCGCUGCCGCCGGCAAAGUGCGGGCCGCGCCUCGCCGUCACCGUCGUCGCCCCCAGGCGCGUCGGCACACUCUACCUCUAAUACAUUCGACGUAGCGGAGCCGAUCUCCUCAGACAUAUACCGUGACAAAUCAAAAGUGUUUCACACAGCCAGAAUGAACGUGAACGAGCGAGAGAAAGAGAGACCGACAGCGAGAACGCGAGAAAGAGAGCGAGAGUGAGAGUAGAAAUUCAUGUAGAAGAAAAGGCCAGAGUUAAAAGCAGGUAGAGGGAACUACGGCGCACUCUUCAAACGCUUCUCGACAAGCGUGAAUAUUGUUCAACUGAGUCGUCGUCGUCGUCGUCGUCGUCGUCGUCGUCGUCGUCGUCGUCGUCGAGCUUUACAUUUUAAGCGCAGCGCUGUAUAUCGAGAAUAUGUCAUACCUCUGUGCUUUUUUUUCGUAGAUUCUUGUUUUUUUUUCUUUUGCGCGUGUCUUCUCAAAACGUAUCUAUUAAUUAAUUAUUAUUACUUGUUACAUGUAUCUCGAGUCAUAUUAUAUGUACGUAAGUCACUUUUGCUUCCAACGAUAAUAUUGUGUGUGCGCGAAGAACGAAAUGAAGAAAAAAGAAAUAUUUUUUUUGUUUUUGCUGGAUGUGCCGCUGAAGAUUGAGGGAUAAGAUAGGCUCGCAGCAAAGUUGUACUUAGAAAAGUGCAACGACGAUAUGAUGUUUAUUAGAUGCGCGUAAAGACUCGAAUGCCAUAUAUUUGAAUAACCAAGUUAUUGUGGUUGUACUUAAGUCAUACUUAUUAGAUUUUAUUAAGUUUAGAUCUAUUUCGGAUAAAACACACACAUACACCCCCCUAAUUAUUGGUGUUUUCUCAUUAAUUGCUAUCGAUAGCGAUAUCUACAUGUGCUUAGGCGAAUCUUCUUUAAGGCUGAAUUAUUAAAAUAUCGCACGAAAAAACUCUCUUAUCUGUCCAUUUUUCAUCACCUCGUCCUUCCUUAAUCGCUAAGCCUUUUUUUUUAAUCAUUUUUUUAUUGUGAUAUAUUCCUUGAGUUUUUCCUUGUUUUGACAUUCCAUUGAGGUGCCAGAAAUAUCUUUAGCCGUAACGGUCUCGAGCUGAAAUGUUCAUUUGCAAGUUAUAACGAUAAACUGGCUUCUUCUUUGCUCGUAUUUUAAGCUUCAAAUUAAAAUGUUUGUCAUUCACCAUCGAUAGUUGGAUAGCUCCUGAGUGGAAAUUUUCGGUGUGGCAAGUCCGACGGAAAUAAAAGGAAUUUCGAAUUGGAAGGAAAGAAGACAAAGCGCAGCGUUGUGUCGAAAAUGAUCGGCGGUAAAGAGGCGUAGUCUUUGCCACGUAGAUGGGGGUAAAGACAAAGGCGUGCAAAUCGUUUGUCAACAUUGAUGGUGAAUGACAGAAGAACACAGAGAGUCGAGCGCUCGGCGCGAUUGGUGAUUUCUCUCGUAUCCUCGAUACUUUUAUAAAGUAUUCCGACAGAGGCCUCUAAGAUUGAGACAUCCGUGUGACUGCCCGGGUCUCGGUCUCACUUUUUUUGUGAUUAUCGCAUAGAGAAACACGACGAACGAGUAUAACGCGUAGGCUAGGAUUAUUAUGUUUUAAUUUACGUGAUCUAUCAGCUACCGCUUUAAUGUGUAGUCGCACGGAAGCUGACGAACGAUAUAUUACUGUGGACGCACGAUGAGCGCAGAAGCGCGCGCGCGGCGUCGCAGCGUUCCGUCAAUUGACUUUUCUUUCGUCUUGCAAUUGUGUGUCGAAGCAAGUUGGGGGACACUCCGUGGAAGCGAUGCGUAUCAUUUCUCAUGAUCAAGUUGGCCGUGCCAUUGCGUUUUGUUAAGGGGAGUCAUGAAUAAUUCGAUUCGUUGAUCCACGUUUAAGUAGAAAGGACUAGAGCAAAAACCUUUUCGUGUGCUGUAAUUUUUAUCGGAAUACGUCAGUGACACAACGUUUAUCUCCAAGUGGCCUUAGGUGCAAUUCUGUCAUUGAAAGAGUCUAUUUUAGCGACGAUCGAUGUAAUUGUACUUGCAGAAGCAACGCAGAUCAUUUUUUGUUUGUUUUAUUUCUCAAUGUGCUGCAGCCUUCAUUUCUCAAUGAUUUAUAUCGACAAACAUCUAUUGCGAGGACUUUGCGCAUGAUUGUACGUGUAUCAUAUAAGUUUAUAAUUUUUUUAGCUCGUAAGUUCAGAAGCAUAGUUUAUAUUAUUAUAUCGCAUACAAGUAUCAUAACUUACGUAUAAUACGAAGGAACGAUUUUUCUUUUGUGACGAAGGCACACGGUCCCCUUUACGACAUUUCUGAACUCGGCUCGCGACAUAGUCGCCUUCACUGGGCGAAUAUUUCUCGUAUCAACGUUCAUCGGCAGCCCUAUUUUGCCGCGAUAUGACUUUUCAAUUUUCUCUCGCGUGGCUAUUUUGUUUUUGUUUUUUUUUCUCAUUUUUACUUUCCGAGGGGGUUUCACUAAGAUCUUUAUUAAUCGGCACUUUUUAUGGUCUAUUGUUAGUACUUGUUUCCGUUGAUUCUUCUGGGCAUCUGUUUUAUGAUUGAUACUAAUUCAAAUACAUCAUCGCGGCGAAAUGCUCAAGUGUAAGGGUUGAGGACCGUCUGUGCCUUCGAUUGCUCGUUAGCACGAUUUUUUAAUUGUAACAACAGCAGCAUACACUUUUGUGAUUUUCAUAAGCAAUUGUUCAGUUUUUAUACUUUCAGUAAUGCUUAUCUAGAUUAGCCUGUGUACCCUAAAGAGUGUUUCAA